AUGGAGAAAAAUGUAAGAAUAAAUCGUGUGAUUGUAAGCUCAGUCCUUCAGUGCAUUUGUCAGAUGGGAAAUUUCUCUGAAGCUUAUUUUUGGUUUAAAAAGUUUAGAGAGAUGAACAUCACUCUUGAUAGGGUUUGCUACAAUGUCGCAUUUGAUGCUUUGGGAAGGCUUGGCAAAGUAGAAGAAGCUAUUAAGUUGUUUCGAGAAAUGACGGGUAAAGGAAUAGCUCCUGACGUCAUCAACUACACGACUUUGAUACGUGGUUGCUGUCAACAAGGUAAAAGUUCUGAGGCCUCUCGUUUGAUGACUGAAAUGGAAAGAACAGUUAAAACACCUGAUAUUAUUAUAUAUAAUGUACUUGCCGGUGGAUUAGCUAGGAACGACCUUGCAGAAAAGGCACAUGAAACUCUAAAACGAAUGGAAGAUCGUGGGGUAAAGCCCACUUCCGUUACACACAGCAUGGUCAUUGAAGGCUUCUUUGCUGCUGGUAGAAUAGACAAGGCUGAAGCUUUCUAUAAGAGUAUGGAACAUCGAUCUCGGGAAAACGAUGUAAGUAUGGUAAAAGGUUAUGUUGAGGCUGGCUGUCUUGAUCAGGCCUAUGAAAGAUUCAUUACAUUAGAAUUCCCUCUUCCCAAGAGUGUGUAUUUUACUCUAUUCACUAGUCUUUGCGCCCAGAAGGAUUAUAUCAGCAAAGCUCAAGACUUACUGGAUAGAAUGUGGGAACUUGGAGUCGAACCUGAGAAGAUCAUGUAUGGAAGGUUAAUAGGUGCUUGGUGUCGAGUUAAUAAUGUGAGAAAAGCCCAGCAGUUUUUUGAAAUAUUACUUAGUAAAGAGAUUAUCCCUGAUUUGUUCACUUACACAAUCAUGAUUAACACCUGUUGCCGGUUAAACAAGCUGAAGCAAGCUUAUGCCCUUUUUCAAGACAUGAAGAGGAAAAAUGUUAAACCUGAUGUGGUAACAUACACAGUUUUGCUCAAUAAUAUGCCACACUUGGAUAUGAAGAUGGAAAUGGAAGCCUUUGAUGUUAAACCAGACGUUGUUUACUACACGGUUUUGAUUGAUCAGCAGUGCAAGAUUCAGGAUCUUCAAAAGGCGGAAAGGAUCUUUGAUGAAAUGAUAGGUAGUGGAUUGGAGCCUGAUGCUAUGCCUUACACAGCACUAAUAGCUUGUUGUGUUAGGGAUGGAUCUGUACAUAAGGCGGUCACACUUAUGCAAGAGAUGUCGGAAAAGAAGAUUGAGCCAACUGAAGCUUCCGUGUUUAUAGUGCACUAUGCUAGAAUAAUGGCCAAGCUACUUCGUAGAAGAUGA